UGAACUUAUUUAAAAGAAAAGAGAUUUUAUCUCGCCAUCUGAUCUGAGAGACUGUUUUCCGUCUCCUGCUCGCUCCGAUCGCCACCGAUCGGAGAUGCGGCAUCCUCUAGGUCUACCGUUCUUCCGCCGGAAGCACCGUCGCUUUAUCAUCCUCCUAUUCGCAGUCGCCUCCACCGCCUUCUUCCUUCUCCUGAUUUCCUCCCGCCCCGUCGAGCCCUCCGACGCCCUCACUUUCUUUUCUCACGUCGGAGAUCCGAACGACGUGGAGAAUGAUACAGGGGGGGCGGAGGAGGUGAAUGAGGACGAUCCGGAAGCGGAGGAGGGUGUAGUGGUUAUGGAGAGAGCAGAUGGCGGUGCGUCGUGCGCCACGGUGGAGAAAAUGGGGGAGGCCUUCGCGGCGAGUUCUGAAAGGGAGAGCUUGAGGGUGAGAGAACUGAUUGAAAGACACUUCAAUAUUCAUGGAGCUGCAACAGUUCGUGAUCGACCUCCAGGUGAGUUUUGCAGACAUGGUUUUGUGAUAGGCAAAGCAUCUGAAGCAGGGUUUGGAAAUGAAAUGUACAAAAUUUUAACUGCAGCAGCAUUAAGUGUUAUGCUAAAUCGGUCCCUGAUCAUUGGACAAACCAGGCAGCAAUAUCCUUUUGGGGAUUACAUUUCUUUUACCAACCAUUCAUUUACCCUGAAAGAAGUCAAGCAUUUAUGGAGAAAGCAUGAUUGUGCUGGGAAAUAUGGAAGGAAGUUAGUAAUGAGGAUUGAUAAUUUUGCACAUCCAAUGGACACAAAUGUUCUUUGUAGUAACUGGAAAGGCUGGAAGCAUCCUAUUAUAUGGUUCCAAGGUACAACUGAUGCAGUGGCCAUUCAAUUUUUUCUGAAGAACGUACAUCCAGAAAUGAGAAAUGCUGCUUUACUUCUUUUUGGACCAGAAGAAUCACUUCGCUCAAGGCCUAAUGUAUUCGGCGAACUGUUACGUGUUAUUAUAUCUCCUUCAUCAGCAAUUGAAGAAGCUGUUAAUCAGGUUUUGCAAGGAAUAGAUCCUGACAUUGUGCUGCACAUGCGCAUGAUGAGUAACAGGCCUAUAAGAGCAAUACAGGCUGCAGUACAAUGCAUUAAGAAAGCAUUAAGCAGCUUUCGGUUCCAGUUUGGAAAACCUAGGGUGGCUUUGGUUUCAGAUACUCCCUCAUUUGUCAAGGAUAUUACUCCCUUCUUGCUGGAAUUUGCAGAAGUAGUUCAUUUUGAUUACAGUGUUUUUCAAUGGAAUAGUUCUAUUGGAAGCAUGACAGCACGGUUGCAGUCUUCUGAUUUUAGAGCAAAGGAUUGGGGUCCUGCACCAAGAUGGGUGGCAUUUGUCGACUUCUUCCUAGCUUCACGUGCCAAACAUGCUGUAGUAUCCGGAGCACACCGUCGCGUUGGCACAACUUUUGCCCAACUGGUUGCAGCACUCGCAGCAGCAAAUCAAAAUGGUAAACAUCACUCAGCCUCCAACUUCUCAUUCUUUAGCAGCUUUCACAGUAACCUGUUGGUUGAUGGUCUUAAGAACCAGAUCGGGUGGGGUCACAUCUGGAACAGAUUUGGUGGUCCUCUUAGCUGCCCCCACCAAGCUCACCAAUGUGCUUUGUCACCGCUCCUUCCACCAGCAUGGUGGGACGGUGAGUGGCAAAGCCCCAUUGCUCGAGAUAUCCAGAGACUAAAAGAAUUUGGCGUUGGUCUUUCGGAAAAUGGUAAAAUUGUUCAAACUCAACUACAUUCCUUCUGCCAAUCAAGAAAAGAUUAUGUCAAAACUCUAAGAGUCUUUGAACAGUGAGGAUAAGUUCUGUAGCAUGUGGUGAAGAAAAGGAUUUCCAUAUGCCGAUUAUGACACUUAGGUAAAAAAAACUUUAUUUGAUCCA